UUCCUUUUGCAGUCAAAAGUCUCACACUCAUUGGGUCAACAACAACUUUCAUCAUCUCUCUUCUCCAAUAGUGUGUCAAUGGCUACCACGGCUUAUACAAUUUACUCUCAUUAUGACCCGGUAGAUCGCGAGGAAUUAGAACGAGAGACUGGUCAACUCGCAGAGAAUAACGACGACGAUGCCUGGCAGUUAGAGGCCGCGAAAGUAUACAAGCGAAAGCAGCCACUUCCCCCGCCUCGGUUCGUGCCAGCCAGCAGUACUUCCAGCUUGACUGUAGAUGACUGGAGUACGAGUACUCCAGGUGCAGGCUCCUCCAGGCUUUCAUCAGGUCGGUUGAGUUCUAAUGAGGUAUCUGGAUGGUAUCGCUCUGUGAUAUCAUCUGCAGAUGUCAAAGACACUAGAGCAACUUCUUCUUUUCACUCCCACUCCCGCUCCCAAGCUAGUGCCGCCACUAUCCAUAACAAACCACUAAUUUCGAAGAACGACUGGUUCAUCCAAAAAGUCCUCGCCUCCGAAUCAUCUUCUCAAACCCGUCCAGCAACUGCUGCUGCUUCCCCUUCCCUUGCAGACAUCCUCGCACGCAAUCCUCCCCCGGCUCCAAAUGAAGAACCAUUCAAACCUCCUGUUUUCCUCGCCAUCGGGCCUUCCAAUAAGGGGUUCGCUAUGCUGCAGAAUAGUGGAUGGAAUGAAGGAGAGGCGCUUGGCCAGGACGUUGUACGUCGGAGGCGGAUACAGCGAGGCGACCCUAGUCCGUGGGUCAAAAUGGAAGAGGAGCGGGAGGAGAAGGAAGAAACUGUUGUGGAGGUACCACUAGGAGACGGAGAUGGAGAGAUUACAGAAAUCAAGAAGAUUCCCAUCAUAGAUCUUACUGCAUCGGACUCCGAAUCAGACUCAGAGCCAGAAGACGAUAGCACAACAGACUCUUUAGUCACUUUUGACGACAAGCAGCAGCAAAUCUCUUCUGCCAGUGGUCGCAAAGCUCUACUUACGCCGCUACCUACGGUGCUUAAAUCCGACCGGCUAGGUAUCGGGUUGAAAGCAAAAACUGCAGGUCCGUACAAGGAAUCAGUCAAACGGGUAACGCACAACACAGCUGCACUGGCGGCGCACUUUCGUCGAGCAGAAGAGGCCAGAGCUCGGAAGGAGAAAUGGGGGAAAGGUCGAAGGGGGUUUGCGAGAAGGGAUAAAGAGGAACAAGCGAGAAGGCGAAGUAUGUUAUCGUAUAUGAACUCGUAGGCACUGAGUAUUGUUGUAUACCUGCAUUCGAUAGACAACUAUAAUACAUUCACUCCUCGCUAAUACAAAAGUUCAAUUGAUCCAAGAGA